AUGUCGCAAGAAGGCAUGAAAAAUAUCGCCAAUGGUGUUCAAUCUGAAGUUAGGUUCAGCUACAACGAUUGGCAAAAGUGGCUGCCUGAAGAUGGUGAAAUGAUUGAUGGCAAAAUAAUCUCGGGUUCUGAACAAGUUCCCAUCCAUUGGAAGGAUAUCACCCAAGCUUUUCAGAAUUCUUGUCAAGAACUAAAACCUGGGGAACUGGUUCAUGAUCAGUACUUUAGCUUGUAUGAAGCAAUGAGUGCUGUUGAGUUGAUGGAUCCCAAAAUGGAUUCCGGAAUGAUUUAUAGAGACUGCGCUUCGCCUAUUCUUAGUUUCGAAGAAGCUGUUGAGAAAAAUAAGGUGCAAGUGGAUAAUUUUAGUCCAUCCCAACUCAUUGGGAUAGUUGAUGAAUUGCUUGCUUGUGUUGCUUCUUGGCUUGAUGGGCAACCGUUAGUUCAGACUAUUUUUACAUGUUCUUACUUGCAUAAAGUUGAACUUAUUGAAGAUACGUACUUAAAGGCAUAUUGUGUUGGUAUAUUAAAGUCUUGUGAUUUGAUUUGGUCUUUGAUACAAAGUGGUCAAGUAUUUGAAGAGGAGGAUUUCUGUUGUCCAUCUCAUGGUUGUUCAUUGCAGACUAAUGUUACUAAUGCUAAAGCCUUUGCAUCCUUGAAAGAAGUUGAUGAAAACUGCGCUCGCAAUGUUAAAAAAUCUGGUAGAAAACCUGAGGAAGAAACUGAUGAACAAGCGAAAUCAAAGAAUCUACUCUAUCAAGCCCUGCACACAAGAAUUAAAUUUUGUAGAUUAUUUUAUUCCUUUUUCCAUCAUUUGCUUGGAACCAAGAUGAAUGAACCCUUCCUGGAUGUGGUUAAGGCAUCGAAUAAUAGAUUACAGUCCAUGUAUGCUAUGAUACCGCUAAUUAAGGACACCUGCAUUUUAGGCGAUCAAGCGGAAAUGAACGAUUGCGGUAAUAAUUGUAUGAUGGGUUUCAAUCCGCUAAUUUGUAUGAAACAUUUACCGUCCCAAUUUCCUAAAGCGAUUGAAAUUAUGGAAAGAACAAAGGCAUGUGACUAUAUAUAUACUUUAAUUGGUCGUCUCCUCCGCGCUACGGAAGUCGUAGAAAUUUCGAACAUUGAUAAUAUAAUACAAUUUUUUGCAAAUUUUAGCUGCGAUAAUCCUGAUGUUUUAUCUCGGUCAGCGUUGCAGCAUUUAUUCUGCGAAACUUUCAAAUCCUGCAAUGAUAAAAAAGCUAUGAAUGAAAUAAUUAAGAAAGCUAUUAAGAUAUUUACUCAGCCCCCUAUAUUGAAUAAUCCGUCUUUGAAAGGUUCACAGCGCGCGUUAGAAAUAUCUGAGGCCUUCUUUGAAAGAUCAGACGGUCCAAUUUCUAGAUUAUUAUUUACUUAUUGUUGCAACCGAUCUCGCCAGAGAGAAAAGAUAGGUGGUUUAUUGGAAGAGUUGUCAGCGAUGCAGGAAGAGGCCUCCCAAUGUGAUGAGCAAUUAAAUGUGAUUAUGGAAAGGAUUGACUCUCAACUGCAUCAUCGUCCAUACUUAGGUCUUUGGGGGUUAUAUCAUACUUGUAAAAUUAUGGAAUAUUAUCUGUUACUUGGUUUUGAACUUGACUUGUAUGGAACCUAUGAAUACUACAUUGUAUACUGGUAUGUUGAUUAUCUUUACAAUCACCGCUUGUCUUGCUUGUACGCUGCGGAUAAACAUCUACAAGCUCAUGAAGCCGCUUCGUUGGAUUUUCGUAAAAAUAAAAAUAAGAAAUCAAAAAAGAAAAAAAAAGUUUCCGAACAUACCUUGGAGAUACAACUAGUUGAUGCAAAGCAGUCAAUGUGUAAAGGAUAUUUAAGGGCAAUUGAUGGUUUUGUAAAGCAGGAAAAAAUGGCUCAUCAAAAUUCUAAGUAUGAUAACGAAAAGUUACGUUACGAACACCGUAUUUUGCCAUUUAUGAACGUUUACUCACCUCAGCUUAUAACUUACGAAAAAUUUACUGAAGUUAGAGAGUAUACGCGGGCUGCUUUAGCAACGGCUACGGAAUUUUAUUCAUCAUCAGCAAAAUUUUUUAAUAUGGCUAAAACAAAGCUAGAGGAGAUAUCAAAGCCUAACGAUGAUGUAACUAAUUUGAUAAAAAUUACGAAAACUAAUAUGGUAGUUAUGAAUUUAUUGGCAAGUGGCCAUAAGAAGGAGUCUAAGGUUUGA